CUGUCUGAACAAUCUUCACGACUCAGUUUCGAAAUGUCAUAUGAAUUGACAAGCGCAGAGGCUAGAAGGUUGUGGUCGGAAACGGUCCUAAAUUCGCUUCAGACGGUAUUCGAUGACCCUUGGUUUUCGUCUCUUUGGACUCUCCAGGAAGCAUUCCUCCGCACCGACGCUUAUAUACUGGGCCGAGAAGGAGUCAAAACGGAGACUGUUAUUUACUUUCUAAGUUCAUUUUACACCGCAUGCGGAAGUAUAUAUCGAAAAAUUGUGACGGUACUGGCAGAAGAAGAAAUCUUGUGGGAGCCUUUAGUUCCCUGUUUGAAGAAGAUCCUAGAGCUUGUGGAAGCCAGCGGCUGCUAUGCUCUGUCCGCCAAUAGCCCUAUCGCUUUGUACGGUGCUGCUCGAUACCGCAAGACUUCACGACCAUCUGAUCGAAUCUACGGCAUCAUGCAAGUGUUCGGGUUAGUCCUCGGAGAAAGCGCCGACCCCAAUCGAACCAUAGGCGUUGAGGAACUGGAGAACCAGUUUUCAAGGUCGUUGAAUGAACGAUCGGUAUUCUUGGCCCAGACUUUUGUUCACCUUGGUGCAUCAAAUGCAGGGAAAUCUUGGCAGGUGAGCGAGUAUUCUGCAGUCCCAGAGGUAGCUCGUGGUGGCAUUACUAGGCCCGAGCCUAAUUGUGAGAUUGUGUUCGAAGACAACGAAAACUCCAGAUUCGUUGGCAAGAGUUGUGGGUUCUCUGCCCUGAGCCAGUAUUGGAGGGAGGUAUCGCGUUCGCCAACGCGCGCGAUAAAUGUUCCCGUACAGACGAUUCAUCUGGACUAUUUGCCAGAACUGGAAGAUCGCUUACCGUGGUGGUGCUGGUCUCUGGAUUUGGGAUUUGACGAACGACAACAUGAUAUCUCGCGCUGGCUGAUCGAGGCUAUUCCGAGUAGUUUGGUUGUAGGCUUACUGGGAUCUUACAAAGGCAUUAAAAGAGGACGCGUUACCAGGUCUUUUGCUGGCCUAAUUCUUCGGCAAAAUGCCACUGGCGAUCCAUCACGGUACUCUAGGGUUGGCUUUUGUCUUUGGGAAGACGUUGACAGCGGUUCGAAUGGCAUCGCCACAGUCAACUGGCAAGAAUGUAAUUUGAGAUUGGAAUAA